AUGGUCUUCGCGCCUGUUGGCGCCGACGACAAUGGUGUUAGCCCGGUUGAGGUGGCAUCGCACUUCUUCACGGGCGUCAACGACCCGCGCGUCGGGACCAUGGACUUCUCGUUAGAUGGACGAUAUUUUAUUUCCUCCCACGCAGACGAUGCACUGCGGCUUAUUGAUGUUCUGUCCAUGCGGCACAAUGAGACAAUUCAGUUAGAGGCCUUCGGUGUGCACUGCGCAAGGUUCACCCAGUCCAGCGACGUGGUCUGCGUGGCCCCCCGGUACAGCAGCGACGGCCACUUGUAUUUGCUGAGUCUCACCUCGGCACAGUUGUUUUCUGCGAUGGCCUUUGUUAGCGACGAUGUAUCGGAGCUGCGAGCUGUGAGUAACACGCCGGUGUAUUCAACAAUAUCCCAGUCUCCCCAAAGCGACGUGAUUGCCUCUGUAUUUUCGACGCAAGGACGCCUGCUGCUGUUUCAUCCAUUAAUCUCCGGGGCGAUUGCGGCAUCCGGUGAACGGACUGUGCUAGGCAGCAGGGCCGCCGUGUCAUUUAGCCCCGACGGAACGAAGCUUGUCGUUGGAGACGACCACCGGGUUCAUGUUUUUGAUUACAGAAAGAUGUUCUCCGCUCCACUUGUGUCGUUGGAGAACAAGACGAUUUUCACCGAGUCGAGCGCGGCGUCGCGGUGCAAAGGGGCCGAGGUGAACGCCGACGGUUCCCAUUUGCUGCUCACGUCCUCCGGGGGGGAGGCGGUUGUGUAUUCCCUGAAGCAGGGAAGAGUGGCGUGCUCGUACUUCCACAACGUCGCCCGUCGUCACUUCAUCGGCGCCGGCGACGCCGUGGGCGCAAAAUUUGUGUUCCCCAACCUCACAAGCUCGCCGGUGGUGCAGUUGUCCACGUGCAUGAAUGCGGGGCGGCACCUGCUGGUGUACGACGGCUACGAUGGGCAGUUCUCCGGGUCGUGUCAGCGGGGUGCCCUCAAGUACGAGCUGCAGUGCAGAGACAGCGACGUGCCUGUCGCGUUAAGUGUCAACUCGAAGUAUGCGCUGCUGGCGACCGCGGCGAGGGGUGUGACGUGGUGGUCCUUCAACGCAUAG